AUGAUAAUCCUUUCCAUUUCAGAUAUGAAUGACUGUUAUGAUUGCACAGAUGAAAAUUAUCCCAACAAAAACCAGGAUUCAUGUAUUCCCAAAGAUGUAAGUUUCUUGUCAUAUAAAGAACCUUUGGGGAUCACUUUAGCCUGUUUUUCUCUUUUCUGUUCUACAAUCACAUUUCUGACAUUAAUGACAUUUUUGAUGCAUCACAACACUCCCAUCGUCAAAGCCAGCAAUCGGGAUCUCACCUAUAUUCUCCUUGUCACUCUCCUGCUCUGCUUCCUCUUUACAUUGCUAUUCAUCGGUCAGCCCAAUAAGGUGGCAUGUAUUAUCCGUCAAACUGGUUUCAGCAUCAUCUUCUCUGUGGCUAUUUCCUGUAUUCUGGCCAAGACUGUGACUGUGGUCCUGGCUUUCAUGGCAACCAAGCCAGGAAGCAGGAUGAACCAGUGGGUGGGGAAAAGAUUGGGCUACGCUUUUGUUUUAUCUGGCUUCUUAAUUCAGGUUGGGAUUUGCAUUCUAUGGUUGUCCAUCUCUCCUCCUUUUCCAGAUGCUGACCUGCACUCAGAGCCUGGAAAAAUUGUCCUACAAUGUAAGGAAGGGUCCAUGGUUAUGUUUUACUCUGCAAGGUCUUAUAUGGGCUUCUUGGCUCUGACCAGUUUCCUAGUUGCUUUCUUUGCCAGGAAAUUACCAGAUACAUUUAAUGAAGCCAAGAUCAUCACUUUCAGCAUGUUGGUUUUCUGCAGUGUUUGGCUCUCCUUUAUUCCAACCUAUCAGAGCACCAGGGGGAAAUACUUGGUGGCUGUGGAGAUCUUCUCAAUGUUAGCCUCAAGUGCUGGGCUGCUGAUGUGUAUCUUUUUUCCCAAAUGCUACAUUAUUUUUCUGAGACCAGACCUGAACAAAAAAGAACUAAAGAUAAAAAGAAAUUGCUGA